CCCCCUACUGUUACUUCUUCAAACUGCAGCAAAUGUUAUAACCCAUUGUCUGAAUGUCGCAUGACGCUGUGAGGGAAACUUAGUCUAUGGUGUGAACAGGUCACAGGACUUCUUACUGGUCUACAGGUCAAAGUCACCCUGAGAAAAAUGAGUGAACGUGGCCCUGUUUAUUUGUUCAUAUUAGUUCACUUGAUUGUUUUUAUUCAGUCUUAUUUAUAUUUACAUAUUUUUGAGGCUAUUUUUAGAGCACAUAUGAUUACAUAUAGCCUAUAUAUUUUUUCUGUGUACUACAAAUGUCUUAACACAAUAUCACAGUUGGUCUUAACACUAAUAGUAGACAAGCAAGCAUUCUGUGAGGAAUUUUUUAAGUUAGUUUUGACUUUGUUAUAACAAAGAUUUUUUUGUUUUUUGUUGUACAUGUUUUUAUUUUAUUCAAAAAGACCAACCUGGCUCUUUCAACAAUCAAAUGUGUCAUUUAUUGAGAAUCUUUGCUGUGGAAAAAAAGUAAAGCAGGUGAUCACUUUGUCCCCUGGCAGCGUCUUCAGACAUUGAUAAAAACAAUAUAGCCUAGCAUCAAUAUUGUCUCUGAUGACCAACCCUUUGCCUUUGAAGGUCAUAAAGAGAAAAUAUUCAUUUAAGUCUGUCUCCUAACCAGAUACAAACUUUGAACAGAAGCUUUAAAUGAAAUAUUAGGGAAUAGCCCUAGCCAUACAGGAGGUAAUUUAAAGUAGGCUACACAAUGGAAAGUAUUUCAUAGCCUAUAACUUUAGGUAGGCCCUAUACUAGAUGGAAUCAAAAACAUUGCCUUUUUUUAGAUUACAAGAAAUUUGCCUUUAAAACUUUAUUAACUAAUUGGCAUAACAGAUUUUGCUGAGAAACAUGGUAUCCCUACUGAUCCAAUCUGUAUUAGUCCAGCAGAUGGUGGCAUUGCACGAUUACACUCGUUUUCCAAACAUCAACAGAGGGUCAAGUGAGUGAAAGAAGUACAGUAGUAGAAAGUGUUGAGGAAGGGGUAGCCAGGUGUGAGAGACAUGAGUGUUUUACUGCAUGGAUGUAGGUUAACUGAGCAUAAAGUCAUUUUAAAUGCCUCCAUGUCGCUUAUGUUUGCACUGACGGAUGUGUACGCGUGGAAAGCGGAAACGACCGUGUUGAAUUGUGUUGCUGUGUGUGCUUAUUGAACUACUCGAGGAGGAGCAGAGAGAAGCGACACUUCAUGCUUAACUUUAUGCUGAUCGCAAGAUUUAUUAGCAAAAGAAUGUCCUUCACUCUUCCCCGUCAUGUCAUCUGGGAGUCGGAGGGUCUGUUGGCCUACCUCCAUCCCCGGCCCUGGACCCCAGGAUCUGUUGUUCUGGAGAGCAGCACCCCUGGCAGCCUUGGAGGCAGCAUCUUCCACCUGGAGAAGCAGGAAUUAUUAGCCUGGCUGCUGGGGGCGAGAACUGUUGCAGAGCUACUGUGUGACAGACUGGCAGUAAGAAGGUGUGCGUUAGUCAGUAGACCCCGCAGAGACAGACCGGCGCAGAUCCUUGUCCUCCCUCUACAUGGCCUUGAUGCAGACUGGCGCCCUCACCUGGCCGGAGAAGAGGAGCACAAUGCUCAGGACCCUGGAUACUGCACCUCAAAGACAGCUCCCCGAUGGAGUGACUCCAGCUUGUCAGACAUUCAAGCUAAGAUUAGAGCCAAACUCCCACUACCUGACGCUCCACACAAUCUGACUUUCCUUGGGGAUGAUCCAGCUCACCCUGGUCUGUUUUCACGCAUCGUUCGUGGGGAGGAGCAGCAAUGGCGGGUGUGGGACGACGAAAGCCAUGUUGCCUUUUUGACUCCUUUUCCAAAUUCUCCGGGUUUUACUGUACUGGUCCCACGACGGCCAUUGACCUCAGAUAUAUUCAGGCUAGAAAAGGGGACUAUGAGAAGCUGGUACUGGCGACCCUGAAGGUGUCAAAGCUUCUGGAGGAGGGUUUAGGUGCCUUUGGAGUGGGCCUUAUUUUUGAGGGUUUUGAGAUUGACUACGCCCACGCCAAGUUGAUACCACUGUUUCUACCUCCAUCAGGGACAGGAGAUGUCAGCAAUAAAUCAUCACUUCCUGAGUUUUACCAAACGUACCCUGGAUAUGUGACGUCAGAAGAUGGACCUAUGGCCAGCCAAGAAUGUCUGAAGGAACUCCAAAUGAAAAUUACUCGGACCUAAGGCUUAUACCUACAGCUCAAUAGUAAAAGGAAUCCCUCUCUGCUUUAAGUGAGAAGAAGAAGUAUGUAAACUAAACAUACAGCUACUAUUGCAAAGGCUACAGGCUGUAAAGGUUUGCAUGAAUAACCUUAACUUAAUAAUACAAAUAUUAUAAAUAAACUGCACGGUACAUUUAAGACUGACAUAAACCUUUGGAAAUGUUCCUUAAAUUUAAAUUGAUCAUAUAUUCAAAGAACCUGAAUACAAUAAGGAUAGACAGCUGUCUUUUUUUAAUUUAUUAACAAAGUAAAUUGUAACUAAAAAUAUUAAAAUUCAUGUAAGGACGUUAUAUCAUCAUUCUUUCCCUCUUCAAUUAUCGGAAACAUCAGGAUUCUUUACACAUUCAUUUGGAAUUAAAUGUGAACGGAAUAAAGCCCAAUCAUUUUUUUCAUUCUUUGACAAAAUGAAGCUUUACUUUAGGGUAAAAUUCAGUUUGUAUAAUCAGCAUUAAUGACAAAGUUCCCUCGUGGAGUAAAAUAAUGAAGACCUUAUGAAAUCAUAAAGAUGUCACAGUCUUUAUCUGUUGUUGAUGAACGUUGCACUCAAACCGAAGUUUAAUUAAAACUGAAAAUGGAAAGGAAAACCACAGACAUGAAUUACAUCAAAGCAUUUUCACUUGAACACCACUUGUUUCUUAAAUGUUGUUACUCUAGUGGAUACAAUUCUAAUCUUGAAAUUUUCCAAAUGUAAUUCCCUCAAAAUAAAAGCAGUUACAAUGUAAUGCAAUCAUUAAACUCCCUGUUUGUGUUCCUUUAUUAAUUGCAGUGUGUUUUGUACUUAGUUAACCAAUCACACAAUCUGCAGGCUCACUCAUUACAUUGACGCUAAUUGGUCCCAAAGUGGAUUCUUAAUUAUGAGGCUUAAUUAAUGACUUGCUAAGUGCUAAAUCAGUGCUCUCUAAACCCGAUUCACCCCAAGGCUUUCAUUAAAAGGGACACAAAUAGGCCUCUGUGUUUUUGAAGGGGGUUUUUAACAGUGGUCGCCAUGGCAGCUAAAGAGAACAAACUCAACUCUUCACAGGAACUAUCUCCCAGUGUUUACACCAUAUACAUGUCUUUUCAAUUCAACAAGGAAACAUUAUUUUUUUCUUACUCUAAA